AUAUUUACAAUCACUUCAAGAUGCUUAUUAUGCACUUGCUAAUAAAGCUAUACGUCUUCUAGAUAUAACUCUUAAAUAUUUAAAUACUAAUGGAGAAGUAGCUUGGCUUAAGUGUUGGAAAAGUAUCAAAAAACUAGCAAGAUGGUCACAGAUAUCAAAUUCACUAACUCAUUAUCAUAGUUUUACAUUUUCAGAUACUUUACAUUUAGCAAUAUUAAUGCUAUUUAUUCUAUAUUACUUUUUAUUACUUUUAUAUUUAAAAGCUGAAAUAAUUGAAUAUUUAAAAAAUGUAUAUAAGCUUACUCGUAAUGAUCAUACUAUUAUUAAACUAAUAGAACUUUGA